ACGUGUGAACAAAACAAAUUGUAAAAUCCGUUUAUGUCUUUUAUCUAUCGGCUUUCUAAAAUCGCUUUUGGCAAGAAAUAUUUGUUUUACACUAACUCUGGAAUAUCGUUUAUAUUAAGUGGAGUUGCGGACAUCAUAGAUCAAAGCUACGAAAAGUAUUCGGGCAAACGUAAAGAAUGGAGUCCUAGGCGUACUUUCAGCAUGUGUAUUGCUGGUCUCUGUAGCGGUGUUGUAUGUCAUCACUGGUACAUAUAUCUUGAUAAACGUCUGCAAGGCACAAAUAUCAAAACUGUGAUGCUAAAAAUUGUAUUAGAUGAAGCGAUUUGUUCACCAGUCUACUUGACGGUCUUCUUCACAACGUUAGGUUUCAUGGAGGGCCAUACUAUUCAACAUUCUUUACAAGAAUUGCGAAAUAAAAUGUGGAAAAUAUAUCGCUUUGAGUGGGUGCUGUGGCCACCUGCCCAAUUUAUAAAUUUUUAUUUUCUUCCCACUCAAGUACGUGUUCUGUACGUUUAUAUGAUCAGUCUAAUACAUAUAACAUACACGGCACAUGUUACACAUGACGGAGAUUAAU